UUCCCUUUGGCUUCACCUGCACAAGUGCCAAGCAGCCUGCGUCGAGGCUGAACGAAGUCAUACAGUUUAUUACACCUAUGGAUGCUUUGACUCCAGUGAUACUCAGAUCUGUACAGCGUUCGAUGGUGAUGAAGUAGGCUAUGCAGACUUUAAAAAAGAUGAGCUGAUUUGGGAGAUCAGAGUCCCUGUAAGUUUUCGUUUUCCGCAUGCCUACGAAUUUGCAGUACGUUUCCGGAGUAUGUGUAAAAAUGACAUCUACAGAUGGAAGCCAGACAAGUCCAUAAUAAAGAAAAAAGAUCCACCAGAAUUCAUCAUCUACCCCAGAGAUGAAGUGAUAACAGGGGAAGAUAAUACCCUCAUCUGCUUCAUCAACCACUUCUUUCCUCCUUCAAUCAACAUUAAGUGGACCAAGAAUGAUGUAGAAGUAACAGUGGAAGACCCUUUCAUCAAAACUUUGUCCAAUCCUGAUGGGACCGCUUAUGUUUUGUCCUACCUCAACUUUGUGCCAGAGACAGGAGACAUCUACAGUUGCACUGUGGAACAUGAAGCGCUGGAUGAGCCUCAGACCAGGUUUUGGGAGGUUGAAACAGAUGAGAUCAACAAAGGUCCAGCUGUCUUCUGUGGACUUGGCCUGAGUCUUGGAUUGCUUGGAGUUUUCAUAGGAACCUACUUUUUUUUUAGAGCAGGGCACUCUGGUCCCGCUGGUUGAGAUGUAUACUACAUAUUGUAUAGAGCUCAGAUUGCAUAGUCCUUAGUUUGUUUCCAGCAGGCAUAACUUUCAUCUGUGUUUACUGACAAACCUGAGCUCUCUUAUUUUCAUCCCUUGUGUUAAUUUGGCUAUGUCUUAGUCACUGUAGUAAAACUUCAGUUUUCUCUUUAUUUAUAUCGUGCAGUAAAGCUAAACAGUGAUAUCAGCACGUUUCACUUUUCACACAGACAUUUUCAGAUGUGAUUCACUGCUGCACAUGUCUGGUGUUUAGAGUUAGGGUAGAGCUUGAAGUCUGUGUUACUGGUAUUCUUAUUUUUAGCACUUAAAUAUGCCUUAUGAUCCAUAACUCUAAAAUCAUAUUAUGUGCAUUAUGUCUACUUAAAGAAAUACAAAUGUG